AUGAAAGGUACAAUUUGCAUCUUAGAGAAGAGGCUUCUUCAAUACAGCGCCGCUACUACUGGUUUAUUGGCGGCUUUCAGUAGCGGAUUGAACUUAGGAUGGACGUCUCCAUAUUUGCCCACCCUUCUAAGUGAGGCCUCCCCUAUCACAAUGACCGCAGAUCAAUCGUAUUGGGUGGUAACCUCUUACCUGUUGUCAGGAUUAUGUGGCAGUAUUUUGCUCAGCAUCGUUGGGCGGAAAAUUGGAAGAAAGACGAUUUUAUUAUGGUCUAGUGUGCCAUUCUGUACAGCGUGGACGGUAAUAGCUUUUGCAAGUACUCUACCAAUACUUUUAAUUGGUAGAAUAAUAAUAGGCCUGGCCCAAGGUUUAGUAUUCGCAACUCUGCCCAUGUAUUUAAGUGAAAUCUCCGAUAAAGAAAUACGAGGGUUUUUAUGUUCCUUAAUAUCCGUUUUUCUUUUUUUGGGAGCGAUGGUAAUCAAUGUGAUUGGAACGUAUAUGACUAUCAAAAUUUCCUCGUUGAUUUGUCUAAUAAUACCUGUUCUCCAAUUCGUAACCUUUUUUUGGAUGCCAGAAUCGCCGAAUUACUUACUGAUGAAAGGUAAACGUGAAGAAGCACGGCAAGCGCUUAUUGCAUUAAAAGGAUCGGAUGAAGCAGAUCGCAGCUUGGACGUGAUCGUAGAAGUUAUAGAAGAAAACAGGUUAAAUAAAACUGGCUUCAUCUCGAUAUUUGAGAAAAAUAACCGAUCAAAGUUGGUAACCUUGUUAGGACUACGCGUAGCCCAGCAGUUUUGUGGUGUGAUAGCUUUUAAUAUAUUCGCACAAACUAUUUUUCAGGAAAGUGCCGAUUCCAUUUCGCCUCUAUUGGGAACAGUCAUUUUGUAUACAGUACAAAUAGUGUUUUCUGUACUAAGUUCACUAUCAGUAGAUAAACUCGGCAGAAGGCCUUUAUUGAUAGUAUCUGCAAUUGGAACGAUAUGUGUUUUACUUGCAGGAGGGGCAUUCUUUUUUAUUCGAGACGUGAUCAAAGCUGACACCUCACACGUUUCAUUCGCACCGGCGCUUAUUUUGAUCCUAUUCACAUUCUGCUACAGUUUAGGUUUACAAACCAUGCCCAAUUUUAUGGCGGCCGAGCUGUAUCCUACGAACUUGAAGCCAUACGCCUGCACAAUCGGCGAUGUAAUGUUUUACUCAUUCUCGGCCAUUGUAUCCCAAUACUUCCAAUUUACCAAAGAUAACUACGGCCUCUUCGUUCCUUUCUGGACCUUUGCCGUCUGUUCCAUCAUUGGAUUGGUAAUAAUUGUAAAAUUUAUGCCUGAAACUAAAAACAAAACAUUGGAGGAUAUACAAAAAGAAUUAAGUAGUAAAUAA